AUGGCGAGAAAGCUUUCUGUCCUCGGACUACUCAGCGCAGUAGCUUCAGCUGCUGUGAUCCGCAGAGACUAUCCUAGCGACGACGCGCUUUCAAAAUGCCCGGGCUACAAGGCUUCCAACGUCCAGCUGUCCUCGACUGGAUUGACAGCAGACUUGUCGCUGGCCGGUGAAGCAUGCAAUGCGUACGGAACCGAUCUGACAGACUUGACUCUGACUGUCGAAUAUCAAACUGAUACCCGUCUCCACGUCAAGAUCCAGGAUGCCGCGAACCAGGUGUACCAGAUCCCCAACUCUGUGUUUCCCCGCCCCGAGGCCACCAGCUUGACCAUCGCAGAAUCCAAGCUGCAAUUCAACUACACCGAGAACCCCUUUUCCUUCAGCGUGAGCCGUUCCGACACAGGCGAGGUUCUCUUCGACACUUCCGGAGCCAACAUCGUCUUUGAAAGCCAGUACCUCCGCCUCCGGACCAAGCUGCCCGAGAACCCCAACCUGUACGGUCUGGGCGAGCAUUCGGAUCCCUUCCGUCUGAACACGACUGACUACAUCCGCACGUUGUGGUCCCAGGAUUCGUACGGCAUUCCCUCUGGUGCCAAUUUGUAUGGUAACCACCCCGUCUACUACGAGCACCGCAAGAAUGGCACCCACGGAGUCUUCUUCUUGAACUCCAACGGCAUGGACGUCUUCAUCAACAAGACGGAGGAGUCUGGGCAAUAUCUUCAGUACAACACCCUCGGCGGAGUCCUCGACUUCUACUUUGUUUCCGGUCCUUCUCCCAUCGAGGUGGCCCAGCAAUACGCUCAGAUUACCGGCCUGCCAGCCAUGAUGCCAUACUGGGGUCUAGGUUUCCACCAAUGCCGUUACGGAUACCGCGAUGUCUUUGACGUUGCUGAGGUUGUCUACAACUACAGCAUCGCCGAGAUCCCCCUCGAGACUAUGUGGACCGACAUUGAUUACAUGGACAGGCGAAGAGUAUUCUCUCUCGACCCUGAGCGUUACCCCCUGGCCAAGGUCCGCCAGCUUGUCGACAAGCUUCACGAAAAUGAUCAGCACUAUAUCGUCAUGGUAGACCCUGCAGUGGCCUACGUCGAAUCACCCACCCUGCAACGCGGCAUUGACGACAACAUCUGGCUUCUCCGUAGCAACGGUUCCGUCUGGAUCGGCGUCGUCUGGCCUGGUGUUACUGUGUUCCCUGAUUUCUUCGCAGAGAACAUCACUUCCUUCUGGAACAACGAGUUUGCUCAAUUCUUCUCGGCCGAUAAGGGAGUCGACAUUGAUGCCCUUUGGAUCGACAUGAACGAGCCGUCAAACUUCCCCUGCUACUUCCCCUGCGACGAUCCUUACGGUUCCGCUGUUGGGUUCCCUCCCGAGCCACCAGCCGUCCGCGAGAACCCCAGACCUCUCCCCGGCUGGCCUUGCGAUUUCCAACCUCCUGGAACCGACUGCGGUAACAACCAGACCAAGCGAUCUGAUGUCCUCGUUCGAAAGCAGAUGUCGCCUAGAAUGGUGCCCGCCGGACAGACGUUUGACAAUUUGGUGCUCGCCGAGAGACAAUCAUCCGGUGAUCAGAAGGGUCUGCCAGACCGCGAUCUUCUCUUCCCCAAGUACGCCAUCCACAACAAGGCCGCUUGGGACACUGAGUCGAACGCAGCCCGUGGUGGGAUUUCUAACAAGACCGUGAACACGGACGUGAUCCACCAAAACGGCCUGGCCAUGUACGAUACCCAUAAUCUUUACGGCUCCAUGAUGUCCUCAGCCUCCCGAGUUGCCAUGGAAGCCCGCCGUCCGGGUCUUCGCCCCCUCAUCAUCACCCGCUCCACAUUCGCCGGCGUCGGAAAGCAUGUAGGCCACUGGCUCGGCGACAACCUUUCCAACUGGCAACAGUACCGCGUCUCCAUCUCCCAGCUGAUGCAGUUUGCUGCUGUGUAUCAGGUGCCUAUGGUCGGCUCCGAUGCUUGCGGUUUCGGCGACAACACCAACGAACAGCUCUGCGCGCGCUGGGCCGCCCUCGCCGCCUUCUCCUCAUUCUACCGUAACCAUAACUCCAUCGACAGUAUUUCGCAGGAGUUUUAUCGCUGGGACACGGUGGCUGACAGCGCUCGCAAGGCCAUCGCCAUCCGCUACCGCCUGCUUGACUACAUCUACACUGCCCUGUACCAGCAGACCAAGGACGGCACUCCGCUCAUCAACCCGCUCUUCUACCUCUACCCCGAGGACGAGAAGACGUUCGGUCUGGACCUUCAGUACUUCUACGGUGACGCCAUUCUCGUCGCGCCCGUGACGGAAGAGAACUCAACUUCAGUUGAUGUCUACCUCCCUGACGACGUCUUCUAUGACUGGUACACCCAUGAGGCUAUCCAGGGCACCGGUGCCACAAUUUCCCUGACAGACAAGGACUACACCACGAUCCCGCUCUUCAUCCGCGGCGGCACCGUGCUGCCUCUGCGCGCGAACAGCACCAUGACGACGAAGCAGCUGCGCGAGGAGAACUUUGAGCUCUUGAUCGCGGCUGGCAGGGAUGGCACUGCAAAGGGCCAGCUAUAUCUCGACGAUGGUGUCAGUGAGGAACAGGCAGGUAUCACGCUCGUCACCUUUGAUUACAAGGACGGCAAGGUUUCCGUGGAUGGCGAGUUCAAGUACUCGACGCCGCUCAAGGUCUCCAAGGUUACGCUUCUCAGUGGAGGUACUCCUGCGAAGAGACAGGAGACCAUCAAGACGGUUGCUGUCGAGUACGCCUUGACUGGACCUUUCGUGAUCGAGCUCAACUGA